AGAGAAGUCAUAAAGCCUAGCAGUAUUUUCCACUCUUCAGUCCACUCUUUAUGACAGCAGACUGUGGAGCCCCAGUUAGAGACAGAUAUGAUACCUGCACUGAUACUGAUGACCCUGUUGUGGAGCACAGAUCUCCAGGCUCAAAGCGUCAGUCCACCAGCUGAACUCUCAGUCAGACUGGUGAAUGGGACCACUUCCUGUUCUGGGACAGUGGAAGUCCUCUACAGAGGAAAGUGGACAGGUGUAUGUUUUAGUUGGUGGUGGAGAAUAAUGAGAGAGGCUAAUGUUGUGUGUAGAGAGCUGGACUGUGGGAAUCCUGUUGCUGAAUCUAGAGGACGUCUGGUUGAAUAUGAGAGAAUAGGAGUCAUACUAUAUAGUAUUUGCAGGGGAAAUGAGUCUUCUAUUAGACAGUGUGUCAACAGAGGAGACUCUGGUGUCUGUGAUGGUAAAUAUUAUCAUCAUGUGACCUGUUCAGAGUCUGUGCGGCUUGUGGAUGGAGCUGGUCUCUGCUCUGGGAGAGUGGAGGUGAAGUCCAAUCAGUCCUGGGCCUCAGUGUGUGAAGCUGACUUUGACCAGCAGGAUGCAGAGGUAGUCUGUAGGGAUGUUGGCUGUGGGGCUCCUGCAGCUCUACAGGGGGGGCUCUAUGGAGAAGGUGAGGGUCAGACCUGGGAUAAAGAGUUCCAGUGUAAAGGUAAUGAGUCCCUUCUCCUGGACUGUGACAUCUCAGACAGAGAGAAUAACACCUGCCUACCUGGUAAUGCUGUUGGACUCACCUGCUCAGAGCCUGAUGAUGUGAGGCUGGUGGGAGGAGGCAGUCGCUGUGCUGGUGGAGUGGAGUGGUACGACCAGGGAGAGUGGAGGACUGUGGGAGCUGAGGACGAAGACCAGAGGAAUGUAGCUGCAGUAGUGUGUAGACAGCUGGGUUGUGGCUCCACUGUUUCAGUACCACCUGGAAACACCACUAGAGAGUUUAGAGUUUACUGUUCUGGGUCUGAGUCUUCACUGAGGGAGUGUAGAAGAAUGUAUUAUCUCCAUCCUGAACUCACAGUGAUCUGCUCAGAUCUCCUGGUCCAGCCUGAUAUCUUCCUGACUGACCCAAUGGGAGGGGUCUUCAGGGCCACC